AUGAAGAGCAUGCUAGAUGAGAAUAUCAUUAGAAAAUGCUGGAAGCGACGAGCAGCCUCCUUUUUCGAUAUUUUUACACUUAAGCAUUUCAACGAAAUGAUUGAAGACUAUAUUCAUGAUGCACAACAGAACCAAACAUCAUAUGAUCCAGAAUAUGACCAAGAAAUAUAUAAUGAUGCAUUCUUGAUAUUUAAUGUGUUAUCAGCACACAAAAUUACCCUUGCAAAUUACGAAAGAUUUUUUCUACCAGCAACAAAUUCAACUGAAUCAUACGCCACAACAAAAACACGACGAGACUUUGGUAUCGCCCUUGCCGUGGCAUCAAAUGGAACUGCAGCCUUACUAUUACAUGGAAAAAGAACAGUCCACUCACAAUUCCAUAUACCAUUGUUUAUCGAUGCAAAUUCCGUUUGUACAAUUACACCAACGUCGACAACCGGAAAGCUUAUCAAACUCUCUCGAAUUAUCAUCUGGGACGAAGCAUCUAUGAUCAAUUGA